AGGUUCUUUUUGGCACCGCCGAUGGUCAGGUCAUCGUCAUGGACUGCCAUGGUCGCAUGCUAGCACACGUGCUUCUGCACGAAUCGGAUGGGAUCCUCAGCAUGUCCUGGAACUACCCCAGCUUCCUGGUGGAAGACAGCAGUGAAAGUGACACAGAUUCAGAUGACUACUCCCCACCACAAGAUGGUCCGGCUGCAUAUCCAGUACCAGUGCAGAACACCAAGCCACUACUCACUGUCAGCUUCACGUCAGGAGACAUUAGUUUAAUGAACAAUUAUGAUGACUUGUCACCUACUAUCAUCCGCUCAGGGUUGAAAGAUGUGGUGGUGCAGUGGUGUACACAGGGAGACCUACUGGCUGUUGCGGGCAUGGAAAAGCACAGUCAGCUUGCUGAACUUGGCAACGGUUCCAUGCUGAAGAGUGCGCUCGUCAAGUUCUACAAUGUCCGUGGGGAACAUAUCUACACGCUGGAGACACCCGUGCAGCGUCCCAUUAUCUCUAUCUGUUGGGGCCACAGGGACUCGCGCCUGCUCAUGGCUUCUGGCCCUGCGCUGUACGUGGUCCGAGUAGAGCACAGGGUCUCCAGUUUGCAGCUUCUCUGCCAGCAGACCAUUGCAAGCUGCCUGCGAGAUGACAAAGAUAUCAGCAAACUGACCUUGCCUCCUCGGCUCUGCUCAUACCUCACCACUGCCUUCACACCAACAAUCAAGCCUCCAAUCCCAGACCCCAACAACAUGAGAGAUUUUGUCAGCUACCCAACAGCUGGCAAUGAGCGGCUGCACUGUACCAUGAAGCGGACAGAGGAUGAUCCUGAAGUCGGAGGUCCAUGCUAUACACUGUACUUGGAAUACCUAGGGGGAUUGGUGCCAAUCUUAAAAGGGCGCCGGAUCAGCAAACUGCGGCCAGAAUUUGUCAUCAUGGAUCCUAAGACGGACGGAAAAGCAGAUGAAAUCUAUGGAAACAGCUUGAUUUCCACUGUGAUUGACAGCUGCAACUGCUCAGACUCCAGCGAUAUUGAACUGAGUGAUGACUGGGCUGCAAAGAAAUCUCCCAAAAUCAGUCGAGCUAGCAAGUCACCCAAACUCCCCAGAAUUAAUAUAGAAGCCCGCAAAUCUCCAAAAAUGUCACGAGCUGCUCAGGAGAUAUCAAGGUCUCCAAGAUUACCAAUAAGGAAACCUUCUAUUGGUUCACCAAGCCUAACUCGAAGAGAGUUUCCAUUGGAAGAUAUCACUCAGCACAACUACCUUGCUCAGGUUACAUCUAAUAUCUGGGGAACCAAAUUUAAAAUUGUGGGUUUGGCUGCUUUUCUACCAACUAACUUGGGUGCAGUUAUUUAUAAAACCAGCUUGCUGCACCUCCAGCCCAGGCAGAUGACUAUUUAUCUACCAGAAGUGCGAAAAAUAUCUAUGGACUACAUUAACCUGCCCGUCUUCAAUCCCAAUGUGUUCAGUGAAGAUGAAGAUGAUUUACCAGUAACUGGAGCCUCUGGAGUCCCUGAGAACAACCCUCCCUGCACCGUGAAUAUCCCUAUUGCUCCUAUUCACAGCUCAGCCCAGGCAAUGUCACCAACUCAGAGCAUUGGGCUGGUCCAGUCCUUGUUGGCUAAUCAGAACGUGCAGUUGGAUGUCUUGACCAAUCAGACAACAGCCGUGGGGACCUCAGACCACACAAGUGAGAGUACAGUGCAGUACCCAGUCCCCAGCAGGUACUCCAACCCAGGACAGGUAAUUUUUGGAGGAGUGGAAAUGGGCCGCAUCAUCCAGGCACCACCUCCACUUCCCCUGCCAUCACAGGGUGCAAUACAGAUGGCUAUGAUGGACCACAGAGAAGGAGACAGAGACCACGAACAUCUCCAGAAGGCAAAAACUUUACGGCCAGUUCAGCAGCUGGUGGAAGGAGAUGCUGUUGUCUUCAGCACCGCUCAAGAAAUACAGCUAAACAAGAUGAACCCGCCCCCUCCGUACCCUGGGACCAUACCAGCAGCACCCACCACUGCACCCCCUCCCCCACCCAUUCCUCCUCCUCAGCCACCGGUGGAUCUCUGCCUGAAGAAGGGAGAUUUUUCCCUGUACCCAGCAGGACAUUAUCAGACCCCUCUUGGCUAUGAGCGAAUAACAACGUUUGAUAGCAGUGGGAAUGUUGAAGAGGUGUGCCGCCCUCGGACAAGGAUGCUGUGUGCGCAGAACACUUACACCUUGCCUGGUCCUGGCAGCUCUGCCACACUGAGGAUUACAGCAGCAGAGAAGAAGAUGCAGCAGCCCUGCACCAGUGCAACUUUGAACAGGCUCACCGUUCCCCGCUACUCUGUCCCAACCGGGGACCCGCCACCUUACCCGGAGAUUGCUGGCCAGCUCUCGCAGGGCCGUAGCCUCACCCAGAGGCUGGACAGCAGUCUUAUCCAUGCUACUUUGAGGAGGAACAGCAGAGAGGCAGCUCUGAAAAUGGCCCAGUUGGUCGACAAUCAAAGAGCCACUUUGCAACUUCCUCCCAAGCCCAAGAGCAAUGUUGUAACAGCGCAGUACCAGCAGAGGGCACCGACAGCUUUAUACACCUGUAGUCAGUGCAGCAAUGGCAGUGGCAGUAACAGCAGCCCCAACCCAAAUAGUGGUGGUGCUGGGAGCCUCAGCAGUGCCAACACUAGCAACGUCACUAGUAGCAUUAGCAGUAUGAGGCCUGACCUAAGUGCAGCGAGUGGCUCCCAGCACAGCUCUAUCAUUGCUCACUCCAUCAGCACUUCUCCCUUGGCCUCCCAGUCCUCCUACAACUUGCUGAGCCCUCCUGACAGCUCUCGUGACCGGACAGAUUAUAUCAACUCUGCCUUCACAGAGGAUGAGGCAUUGGCUCAGCACUGCCCUGUGGAGAAAUCGAUAAGGCACGUGCCUGUUGCCUUGACAGAGGCUGCCAUUGUUGUAAAGCGGCCACCCCCGUACCAGUGGGACCCCAUGGUGAGUGAGGACAUAUGGGUUCCACAAGAAAGGACAGCUCAGAGUUCAGUGCCCAACACUCUUAAACCUGCUCCUCUAAUAAUUGGUCAAGCUCAGCAUCUGGACAUGUCUCGAGUGCCAUUCGUUUCCCCUAAGUCUCCAACCAGUCCCACUGCCACUUUCCAGACGAAUUACGGAGUUGGAGUACCUUACCCAGGAAGCUACGGUGCCCCUCCUCUUCAGGGAAUGCAGCCCCCCUGCUCCCCCAAAGAAGCUCUGGCCCCAACGCAGUUUGCACAACAGGAGCCAGCUGUCGUGCUUCAGCCAGGUUAUCCAUCUAAUCUCUCUUAUUGCCCCCUGCCACCCAUGUACCCAGGCAGCAGCACUUGCUCUAGUUUACAGCUUCCACCAGUAGCCUUGCACCCAUGGAAUUCCUACAGCGCAUGCCCACCUGUACCUAAUGCCCAAGGCACAUUGCCCCCUAAGCCACUCCUUGUGGUGGAGAAGCCGGUUAUGUCUCCACCACCAGCAGAGCUUCAGGGUCAUGUGGGUACAGAAGUAAUGGUGGAGACAGCGGACACCUUCCAGGAGGUGCUUUCAUUGACAGAAAGCCCUGUCCCUCAAAGGACAGACAAGUUUGGGAAGAAGAACCGGAAACGCCUGGAUAGUCGAGCUGAGGAAGGAAAUGUGCAGGCUAUCACAGAGGGCAAGGUCAAAAAGGAGGCAAGGACACUGACUGACUUCAACUCUCUAAUAUCCAGCCCCAGGCUGGGCAGGGAGAAGAAGAAAGUCAAGAGCCAGAAGGACCAGCUGAAGUCAAAGAAGCUGAACAAGACAAAUGAGUUUCAGGACAGCUCAGAGAGUGAGCCAGAGCUUUUUAUCAGUGGAGAUGAACUGAUGAACCAGAGUCAGGGCAGCAAAAAGGGGUGGAAAACCAAAAGGAAUAUGAGGACAGCCAGUGAGCUGGAUGAAUUCAAGUGUCGGAAGGCCAAUGAGAAGGAGGAUGGAAGGCUGGGCAGCCAGGGCUUUGUGUACGUAAUGGCCAACAAGCAGCCCUUGUGGAACGAGGCCACCCAAGUAUACCAACUGGACUUUGGAGGACGGGUGACCCAGGAGUCUGCAAAAAACUUCCAGAUUGAGCUGGAAGGACGACAGGUAAUGCAAUUUGGAAGGAUUGAUGGCAACGCUUACAUUUUGGACUUUCAGUAUCCGUUUUCUGCAGUGCAGGCCUUUGCAGUUGCUUUGGCAAAUGUGACUCAGCGCCUCAAAUGAAAUGAGCAGAGACUGGAGAGAGGAAAAUGUAACGAAACCUUUUCAUAUGGCCAAAACCAGAAGACAUCAGGGUGGCCUGUGUUAGGUGCACGGCGGUGCCUGGAAAUAAAGAAGGCAGUGAAACUGGAAAAGUCUCUUGGUGCCCCCCAAAAAGGGCAUUAACUUUAAUCAAUAUUGGGGUAUUGGGUGGGGGGCUGUUUUGUUUGGUUGUUUUGUUUUUUUCUUAAACAUCAUGCUGGGGUUUCAGAAAGAGCAAAGGGUUGAGAGCCGUUCAGUGUUAUAUCUGGAAAUGUGGCUUUUGGCUUGUUGUGGUGGUUCUGCCGUGUUUGCUGCAAUAGCUGACGUAAGCUCCUAGGGGGAUUAAAAAAGACUGCUCUUUUUGAUAGACUGCCUUAUACCAUGCUGUUCUUUUUAAAACAGGGAACAUAACUUUUUUCCUGGUCCAGUUUGUACUACUAUUACAUCAAUGAUAGCAGCAAAAAAAAAAAAAGAAAAAAGAAAAGAAGCUAUAAUACUUGAAGACACGUGUUUCUUUUCUGAUCUCUGAUAAUAGCUGAGCACCACAGGUACCAAGGAGGUUUACGUAGGUCAAUGUUUAAUUUAUUAAUAACAAUGUAUUAUUCAGAAGAGAAACUAAUCUGUUCCCAUUGGGUGGUUUCAAAACCCACUGCAUCAAAAAAAUUGAUGUCCGCUUUUUUUGUGUGCUGUUACUUGGGAUAAACGUGUGUGAUUAGGUGAUGGAAAAUAGGGAAGGAUUGAAUUAUGAGAUGUGCAUCUGUAUUUGUAUUGAACAACAGUAUUCUUCACCUUGGACUAUAGUUUGGUGAGGUACAUAGUGUGUCCUGGGGGGUCUCCUGCAGACUGGGGCUUCACCUGAACCUCACAUCAAUAUGUUUACACUCUAAGAACAAAAUCUUUAACAUAAAUCAAAUGUGCCCAGUGAGUAAAAUUCUUUUAAAUCUGUGUUUAGAUUUCCACAGUUUCACAGCAUUAUAGCAGUGUUUGAAUUGGGAAGGAGACACGCAUAUAUGGCAGGUUAGGGGACUGCUCAUCACAGCUGGUUGGAAGAGGAAAGAAAAGAAGAAAGCAUUGAAGAUGACCAUCCCUCCUGGUGCCCUGCUAUUUAAGUAUUUGCAUUAUCAACUGUAGUCUGUGAGCACUUAACACUCCGAGGCAGAAUGGGAUGCCAAAGUAUGUAUAGACUAGAUGAGAAUAAGGGAUUUUUUUUUAUUCAGCUGUAUACAGUCACUUGAUUAUUCCUAGCUGUAGAGCUCUCUAAUAUAAGUCAAAACCCAUGGUACUGCAAGGGAGUUGCUUUACUAGAGAGAGAUUCUGUUUCAUGAAUUUAAUGCUCUUUCUCUACCUUGUUCUCUCUCUCUCCCCGCUGUUUUGUCCUUUAAUACAUCUUGAUUUGGAAGUGCUUCCCUGGUAAUACCUGAAAGCCCUAAUCAUUCAUUAAAUAAAUUUCACAUUAAAAUCGCAAAAUGUGACAUUACCUGUUAUCAGGAAACCCUUUGUGUUUUUCAAACAAAGCUCAAUCAUACAUCAGGAGAAAAAAUGAUACAGUGCCAUUUUUUAAAAUAUCUAUAAAGGUCAGAUAGACGUUACUAGGCUUGGUUCAUUGUAGGGAAUGCAUCAUGUAACGCAGGGGAACCUGGUGUGGAAAGGUCCUGCUCCAGGGGGGCUUUGAAACCAGCACAGUCUCUGCAAGAGGGUAAGGCUGGUUUUGACAAAAGUUCCCAAGGAUUCAGAUCUUUACCCAGGCAUCUCCAGCAGCUUGACCCAGAAAGCCCCACCAGCAAGAGGCCACCUCCCUUCUCUCAUGGGAAGGAUGGUUGCUUCACCUGGGGGCUCAACAGCCCCUGCUUUUAUGUGGGGAGUAGAUCAAGUCCAGUAUUUCCCUUGACAUUUAACAGAGAAGGCUGUUCUAUUUACUUUUAUAAAUUAGGUUUUAUUGAAAUUCCAUCAAUGUUCUGCAUAUAGUUGCAUUACAAAGGAGUCCCCUUCAUCUCUGAAUUUACUAAUGGCAUAUUGGAGUGACGGCUUCAAGGAUGAGUAGGAAUGGGAGAGGUCAUGGAGGGAAACAAGGGGCUUGGUCCUGCUCUCUCUGAAAUCAGUGGGACUUUUGUCAUUGACUUGGAAGCAGGGAUUGGGGCCAAUGUCUGUUCAGAGUUAGGUGCUGUGAAAACAAUAGGCCCAAUCCUCACUUACAUGACUUCAGUGGCACUGCUUGUAGGAGAAGAGUGAUGGGUUUGACCCACUUGCCCUUCUAAACAGCAUUCCUCAUAGCACCAGCUAAUCCCAUCAGCAAAAUACAGACAGUGCUGGAGUGCAGAGAAGCAUGCACUGACUGAACACCUUGAGGCCAAAAGCAUAUUAUUUCCUUCCUAGAAGAGGAGCGUUCAGGGAAUAUUCAUCCUAAAGGGACAUUGUCAACCAGAUUUUGGCCAAGAAUUUAUAUUUCAUAAAGCAGUGUGUUUGUGUUCAUGAUCGUGUCUUCAUGUGUAGAAGUGCUUGGUUAACAAGGCCAGUCUCAACAGAAGUAUUUUAAUAGCACUGCUUUCUUUAACUUUCCAGGCAAGUUUGAACAAUUUGAUUAUGUACAUUCAUUUGAUCAAUUUGAUUAUGAUCCAGAUUCACAGCAGCAUCACACUUAUGCAGGCAAACCAGAAAAUGAAGUCAAUUAAACCAAAAGAAAAAGCUGCCAGUCUAGUCUCAUUUUGCCAAACUGUAAUUGUUUGGUCCUGGUAGCACUUACACUAUGGCAGGUGCUUUUCAUACAGAGGAGAAAGUCCAAUCCCUGCUCCCCCCAAAAAGCACAAGAGAUAAACAAUAUUAAUGGUAAGAAGUUAUUUACAAAAUUAUUUCUGUGAUAAACUUACGUAGUAAAGAGUUGUCUUUUUAAAAAGAGGUUGACAGUGUCCCUUUAAACCAUGAGCUCCAGGGCAUAAAAACUCCCUAGUUGUAGGGACACACUUCUGCCCUUGUUCAACAUACAUUUUGUUCUGAAAUCAGUGGGUGAUGUAUGCAUAUAGCUGAGAGUACAAUUUGGCCUUAAAUUAUGAAGACAGUGGGUCAUAAUGAUACUUCUCUAUUGUUUUCUCUUUGCUCAUUGAGAUACAAUUUAAGAAACAACUUUAAAAGCCCCUCCAAGUAGUAUUUUCACUAUUUCAUUCUGAUGACUUUAAUCCUGAAGAUUGCUGUUGCAUUCAGCCAAAAUAAUACUUUCACAUUUUAUAUUUAAGUGAUUUUUUCUGUAGAUAACUGUAAGUUCUUCUAGGAAGAAUGUAGCAGAGUGUUCCGAAUUAUCUAAUUCUUUUAUACAUACAGUAGUUUCUAGUAGUUCAAUAUGGUUUUCAAAGCUUUUUUUUUUAGUUGUGCAAUAAUUGUUACAGCCUGGGAAGUUUGUUUUGGGGCAGGGUUUUUUUUUUGGUUGGUCCAUUGGUUUAAUUUAAUUUUUUUUAGGGGGGGUUGAUUUAUUUUUUAAAGAUAAUUUAAUGCAGAUUUCCUGUUAAUGUCCAAGAGAGAAAUUAUUUAUCUUGCUUAAUGUAAUAAGUGAUUUAGGGAUAAUUUUAUUACUAUGUACCAGUGAGUUAAACACAAUUUCUUAUUUAUAUGAAAAAAGCAUCUUUGUAAUUAAUUGUUUGCUAGCAGUAUGUUUUGCUGCAAGAAAUUGUUUAAGGAUGUGUAUAGGAAGACUUUAAAAUUUUUUUUUUGCUGGACAAUGUGCAACAAUUUAUAAUGCAGGCACAAAUUUUGUUUAUCAAGCAGUUGAAAACAGUAGGUUUGUUGGGGAUUAUGUAGACUGACUCUACUGUGUAGAUGAUUUCUUUGGGACCUGCAGAAACCUGUCCUCUACACUGCUUUUUUUCCUGUUAUGUUUCUAAUUGUCUCUUUCAGUCAUGGAUAUAGUUUAAAAAACACGAAGCUUGACUGGCUUUAUCUUUUCUUAUUGCUAUGCUUGGUUUUGAGAUGGACUUGUGUAAUGAAAAAGCAAAUAAAAGGGUAUAUCUGGCUCAGUUUGUACAACAUUCCUCUACAGAGAGGGCCAGCACAGUUUAAUUCCACUUUAAGGGGCUAGAUUCCUUUCUGUUGCCAAACUCUGCUCUAGUUACAACCGUCUGAUUCCAAGGGCUAGUCUGUGCUGACCUCAGCCCUGAUAGUGGUUAGAGCAGCUACAGUGAAUCCUUCAGGAAAAGAGAGGCAGAGAGGAGUACUGUUCCCAUCAUGCCUUCUGUCUCCAACAGCACUCAUCCUGCUUCAAGAGGGAAAGGCAUCUGGUGCAGGAGUUGACUGUCCCAUUGGAUGGCCAAAUUAUUGAGAACCCAACUCACAUAAACGUAGUUUAUCUCUGUCUUAAAAUUAUACCUGUAUCUUCUGUGGGUCCUCUCUAGAGUGGAGAAUUUCACCCUGAGAACCAGCAAUACCUUACAGCAGUAGUGCUGUGUUUCUAGUAUGCUAGAAAUGAAUAUGUGAGGAAGGAUGGAUGGGAGGGAGAAAAAUAAUAAGGUCAAGUUAAUAAUUUCACUGAGCAGGCAAUAGCAAAGUGUAGUCAAAAUGAUCUUAUGCACUAGUUCCUUUAUAUCUGCACAAGAGGCCACCCUAGAUAAACUCCAUCUUAUACAACCCACUUGAAAGCCCUCCUCAAAACUUGAGAAUCCAGUUUUGUUUUGGUAAAGACAGCCCUGGUUGGCAGUCAGACUCUUAGACUGCAUCCAGAUGAGUGCGGCCGUGCAGUAUGUGGUGCCACAUACUGCACAUUCAGCUGUCCUCUGUGCUGCAAGGUAGUAGCACAGGGGGGUUUUUUUUGAUCCUUGGAUAUACAGGUGGCAGAAAAAACCCACACAAAAAAAAGCGGAGCAGUAUAUGCGGGGGCAGCAUGCACUGCACUGCUCAAAACUGAAGCCUGGCUGGCCAGAGCUAUGCUCCAGUUGCUGGCCAGGCUCCGGGCAGCAGGAUUGCCACCGCUGCAGCCUUAGGAGGCCCCCAGGAGUCCUGAUAAGGCUGCUGGGGCCAGUUCAGCCUCAUCUACCCCACCCGGAGUAACCUGUUGUGCACCAGAGGGUUUGUGGCACAGGCAUACCUGGGGACAACUAGCAGUGGCACAAGGUGUGCCGCUGCUAGUUGUCCCCAGGGAAGCAAACGUCCAUGCUUGCAUGGACACAGCCUUAGGGUGGAUCCCUAUAUGCAGGGCCAUGUGCUUAUAGAGGCACAAGUAGCCGUGGCACAAAUUUGUGCUGUUGCUUUGUGUCCCAAUGCAUGGCCCUGCACGUGGGCUUUGGCACACAGCAAAUUGUCCGGGGUAGGGGAGGCUGGGACCAGCACCUGUGCUGACCCCAGCAGUAUUACCUGGUGCCCUGGUGCAACAAGGGUGCAGAUCCAUCACCAUGGAGCCUGGCUGGCAUCCAGAGCAUUGAUCUGGUUGGCCAGCCCUCCGUUUGUUCCAGCACACAUUAUUGGCUCAUGCUUUGCACCACUUUUUUCCCAGAGUUUUUUGCUACUGGGUUUUGCCAGUAGCAAAUUUUGCAGUGCAGCGUACAUUUUGACAUUCCCUACAUGCAGUUUGUGGUGCCACAGAGUGGUUUGUGGUGCCACAAACCACACAUCCCUGCACAUGGGGACCUGCCCUUAGGCUCCAAACAGUUUGAGUGUAGUUAUUUCUGCAGUGUGACUGUUAUAUUUGGGUAGCCAAUGAGAAUAUUGCAACAUCUCCCUCAGAAUGGGUGAAUGUAUGAGGAACAACUUUGAAUAAAGAAACAAGGGGAAAAUUUGGCUUUUACUAGCUUUAAAGAAAGUAUAUGUCUGUUCCACAGUUAAUUGCACUGGAAAGCAAGGGCUCAUCUCUGCAGGGCUCUCACUACUCUGCACUGGCAGUCAAGAGCAAUCACAGGCAUUAGGGCAUGUUUGACAUGCUAGCUAAGGGCUGAGCUCUAAUUUCACUUAUACAGGUGUAAAUUAAGAGCAACUCAAUUGAAGCCAAUAAUCGCUCCUGAUUUACAGCAGUGUAAGAACAUGGGCAGAUGCCUACCUACACCAUUCCUAAAGGGGAGGGGUAGGUUUCCUGCUUGGGAGUGUACGUCAGCUGACCUGUGUAACUGUUUUAUCUGCUGUUAACCCACUAAGUGAAACUCAGUAGUGGUAAUUUAAUCCCAGGUCAUUUGGGUAAGGUGCUCCUAUUUAACUUCUACUCACCAUGGGUUGGGAGCAGUUAGUGAAGUAGUGCAGAUUCAGCUGAACUUUAGUAAAUCUUCCCAACUUUUUUCAGGGAUAUAAGUGUUUGAUCUGUCCAAGCCUUAAGCGAGAUUAAAUCUGGCUCAAAUUAUGCAUUUCUUUAUUUGUACAGAUAUAAAAUAGGGAUUGAGAUAGCAAAACUGCAAACCAUUAACUCCAGAGACACUGCAUGUUUCUUCUAAAAUUUCCAAAACAAAGCCAGGAAUUAAAUCCUAGUGCCACUGACUUAAAUUGGAGUUUUGCCAUUUAUUUUAAUGAGGUUAGGAUGCCACCACAGGAAAAUGGGUUAUAUUUGUUUAUUACAGGUCAAUAUAAUGAUUGGACCAGUGCCAGGGGAAGGGCCCUUUUACGGGUUUGAUGAAACAAAAAAAAUAAGAUUGGCCUGGCAGCUAAUUUUUUUUUUUAGUGUUUAGGCCUGGAUCCUUCAAUAGGAUGGACCAGCAAGGACUUGAAUGCCAACAUAGGGUUCUGCUGGCUUCAGUAGUAUUUUGUAAUUCUGCAUAGGCAAAGUGGGCUGCAGUCAUGGGUCUUUUUGCAGGAUCGGACCAGACCCUACGUGCAUCAUGGAAUGUAUACAGGUUUAUCACCCUCCCCUAAUAACAGGCUAAAAAAGGAAAUCAACUUGAGAUAAUAUUUGACAAAUUUACACAAAAACACAGUUCUGUACAGAAGCUUAACAAUUAAAAAUAUCUCAUUCCAACUCUAAGCAUUGCACAUUGAACGAGAUCUCUAAAGGCAUUUUAGGAAAAAAUUGCUUUGGGAUUAUGGCCGUGGGAGGGGUUGUUCAUAUUUGUGGAAAUAAGAAUUUAAGGCAAGAUCAGUAAUUGGGUAUAAGGAAAAAGGAGGAAUCACUGAAGCAAUUUUUGUUGCUAAAAUUAAACCCUGCAACUCUAUGCUUCUGAUUCUAUUGGUGGAUUUCUGCUAGCAGAUUCCUAGACCUGAAUGGAGCAAGCCACAUGGACAUAGGAGUCUGCUCAUGCAGAUCUACUUGUAAAAUCUGGACCACAGUGAGUUUGUGGGACUAAAAAAAUCCCAAAUACAUUCAGAGUGUGUACUGAAAAAUUGGGUGUAUGAUGUUAGACGGAUUUAAAGGCUGUAUAAUAUUUCUAAUCAUUGCUCUCUGCUUUAUGUACACUCCAAAUUUAAAAACAAAAUCCAAUACAGGCAUUUUGAAUCCUAAUAAAGUUGUGUACAUGUUGAAUAUUUACAUUGCUGGCCAGAUGAAUGGUUGGUUCAAAUAAUAAGUGUUAAGAUUAAAAAUAGUAAUAAACUGAGAGAGAGAUUUUUCUACAAUGUGCAGAUGAUUGAGUUCCUAGUAUUUCAUUAAAAUAGUGCUCAGCUUGUAAUUCCCAUCUGUCUAUGUUGUUUCAAGUUCCUUGUUGAUAAAAAUUUGUAGUUUUCCCUUCUUUUGUUGGCUUAGUCUGUGUUUUGCCUUUUGCUUCCUUUUAUUUCCCUCCCCCUCUCUGCCUUUUUUCUCUUUCCUGUGUGCGUGUGUUGGUGGGGGGGGUGUUAAAGAUCUUGUUGUUUAUUGUAGAUACAAAAUAUAUAGUGUUGUGGAAUAGCAUGGGGGUGCAUUUGAUUGAAAAAGGCACUGUAGUAUAUCCUGAAAAAGUAAUUUUUUUUGCAUUUGUUUAUAAAUGCAUUAUUUUGGUACUGUAACUUUGGACAUUAUUUCUGAAUUUAUAACAACCUUUUUUUUUGCUUGUUUUUUUUAAAGAAGUGUGCAGUCAUGCUGGUGCCUAGAUUGCUAGCUAAACAUACCCAGCAUGUUCUUUUCAAGCCUUUGGAAAAAUUGGUACACUGCCCAUGUACUUAUACAUACCUAUGCUAUUUUAAAAAUCUUUUGAAAAUUUUUGGUUUUUUUAAAUAUGUCGUUCAGAACCAGGCUUUUGUUGUAAUUACAAACCUACACCUACCCUGAUCUGCCUCUUCUUUUAUGUAUCUUGUGUAAUAGAUUUUGCAGGAGGUGCCUAGAAAGCAUUAAUGGUUUCCCUUUAAUAAUGUGGUUUCUCCAAAGUCUUUACUGUCUACAUGAUUGAGAGAUGGACUGAUUGCCCUAUUUUUCCUUGAUGAUUUGGAGUUGUAAGAGUUGUCCAGCUGUUGCUUAAUAAAAUUUUGCA